GCUCGGGCUUAGAGUUGAAUUCUCGGUGCCUGGCCGAAGACUUGAAAAGUUCAGUGAACGGACCUACUGAAAAGGUCUUUACUAACCUGAACCAUACUAAUGAAUUCCAGCCACUCAAUGGGCCGUUUUGAGCUCGACGCCGAGAUGAAUAAGCGCUUUGUAAAUGGGCGCAGCUAUGCCCGAGGUGGUCCUGGAGGCGUAUAUAACAGCCAGAACCAUCUCGGUGUUCAGCACGUACUCUCGAGACAUGUCUGCGAUCAAGCUCAAGUGCCUUCUCUCCAUGGUGUUGGCGGCGAAUUUCCAGCUGACCUACGGUCUCGGGGCGUUCUUCUGUAACGACAUCAACUUCCAAACGAAUUGCGCGCACUGGACCAACCUCGUGCCCAACAAAUGCUACACCCUCGAUGCGCAGCACCAGGACCAGGUGUCGAGUUUCGGGCCUGACCAGGGGACCGUGUGCGACCUGUCGGCGGACUACCACUGCUCGUCGUCCCCGGCGACGCUGGGCUACCCUGGAUCGCCGGAUCUGCGCAACGUGGUCUAUGCCCCGGCACCGGGUGUGGCUGUCCCCGUCAACGACAACAUGAACUCGUUCUCGUGUUUCGUCUCGGGAUAGGAAGAUUAGCUCUACGAAUCACGGUGUAUGCUUGAUGCCAAAGACAAGAAUUUAUUCAUG